UUUGUUAAGCGAUUUCUGCGAUGAAGACCCAUUAUCAAUGGAUUCGUCAAUUGACAAUUACACAGGCGAUUGGGAUUCAUUAAAAAAAUUUAUGAUUAGAGUAUCUCAACCCUGUCACGAUAUGAUUGUGUCAUGUCAAUGGGCAAACAACCCUAAAGUUUGUUCAGAAUUAUUUAACCCUUCAUUAACAGAUGAAGGUAUAUGUUGUUCAUUCAAUAAAGUAAAAUCGGAUUACAUAUUUCGGAACCCAAAAGAUUUAUCAGAUUUAAAUCUUACCUUUCCAAAUCCGUCUGCAAAUUGGACUCCCGAAAAUGGAUACCCGCCGAAUACGCCUGCUGAUUAUAUUCCCUGGAGGCCUUGGGGUGCCGGUAAUCAUCUAGGAUUAACUCUUGUUUUGGAUGCUGAAAUCGAGGAAUAUUAUUGUUCAUCAGAAGUCAGUUAUGGAUUCAAGGUGAUGUUACACAGCCCCGUAGAAACUCCAAAAAUAUCAUCAUUUGGUAGUUUAAUAUCUCCAGGAAGAGAAACAUCAUUAGAAAUUCACCCUACCGUAGGAAUGGCUACACCAGCAUUAGCUGAAAUAGAAAAAGAAAAACGUCAAUGUGUAUACUCAGCGGAAAAACAAUUGAGAUUCUAUAGAACUUAUACUCAACGGAACUGUAUACUAGAAUGUGAAGCAAAUUUUACAUUAAUGUUUUGUCAAUGCGUCAUGUAUUAUAUGCCAAAAGACAGUUUUUCAAGGAUUUGUGGAAAAAAAGAUGAAGCGUGUUCGGAUAUAGCUAAAUUGGCAAUAGAACUCCGAUAUAGUUCACCGUUAACGAAUAUGACACAGUUAUUGAAUGGAACAUAUUUACCGAAUUGCACUUGCUUACCAGGAUGCCACUGGAUUGGGUAUAAUAAAGUACAUUCAUCAUCUCCUUUAGCCAAUAGUUAUAAAAUCAAGCCAACAUAUUUAGCUGGAAAAACUUCCAGUUAUUUUAAAAAAAAUAUGGCUGUAAUUCACUUUUUCUUUGAAGAAACUCAAUUUACUGGUUUUACAAAAGGGGAAUUGUUUGGAUUUACAGAAUUUCUAUCUAACACGGGAGGACUUUUAGGAUUGUUCAUGGGUUUUAGUUUUCUCAGUGCAAUUGAAGUAAUAUAUUUUAUUUCAUUGCGUUUAUGGUGUGCAAUACCAAAUAAAAAUAAAGUAACAGAUCAAAAGAACAAUCUGAAAAAUAUCUCAUAAUUUAGCGUUAGACUAAACACAGUUUAUUAUAAAUAAAUGUUAAAUUAUUGUAGGUCAUUUAUAAUAGCCACGAAACUUCAUUGGAUUGGGUUUAUU